GAUACCCUGAUGCCAUUAUCUCCUGCACAGCAUCUUCCUUCAAGGCUGGGUAAAAUUGCAAUUGAAAGAAAUCGCAUACCAAAAUGACCCCAGAAACAUCUAAACCAUCACACCUUGAUCCAUCAGCUCUAGGCACAAAAGAAUAUUGGGAUAAUCUCUAUAAUCGCGAAAUUUCAAACCACGCACUCGAUGCUUCGGAUGUAGGAACGAUAUGGUUUGAUGAUUCAUCUGCGGAAGAUAAAGUUGUGGAUUUUCUGAACGGGGAGGUUUUUGAGAAGGAUUUGUUGGGAUUGGGCAAAGAGAGGAGGAGGAGAGAUUUUGGACUGCUGGAUCUAGGGACGGGAAAUGGUCAUUUUUUGGUCAGGCUGAGGGAGGGGGAGGAGGAUAGUGAUGAUGAUGAUGAUGAGGCGGAGGAGGAAGAGGAAAAUGAAGGGAGGAAAAAUGAGGAUACGGGAAAGAAAUGGGUGGGCAGAAUGAUGGGUGUGGAUUAUUCGGAGAGAUCUAUUGAAUUUGCGAAACGGAUUGCGAAGGACAAAUCAGAGGGGGUGGAAGAGAGAACCGAAGAGGGAAACGAAAUCGAAUUCAUCACCUGGGAUAUAAUGAAAGAAGAUCCAUCGCCAAAAGUGCUAAAUGGAAAACAGGCAAAAGGAUGGGACAUAGUGCUUGAUAAAGGGACAUUCGAUGCUAUCAGCUUGUCGGAGGAGGUUGAUGCGAAUGGGAAAAGGAUUUUUGAGGGAUAUAAAGAAAAGGUACUGGCACUGGUGAGGACAGGCGGAGUAGCGGUUGUUACGAGUUGUAAUUGGACAGAAGAGGAACUGAUUGAGUGGUUUGUUGGGAAGGGAGAGGAGGAGCAGGGAGAGAGGUUCGAGGUUCUGAGGAAGAUUGAGUAUAGAAGUUUUAGUUUUGGGGGAGUGAAGGGCCAGACGGUAUGUAGUGUUUGUUUUAGGAAAUGUGGGGGGAGCGAAUAGAUACUAGGAAAAUCAUACUCAGAAGGUUGUAUUGAGGGCUACAGCUCGUGGUGUGUGGUUCAAACAUGAAUCAAGACUGUAACCUCGAAGUUAGAUGGUGUCGAACACUACAAAAAAGGAUAUCGAAGACCAAUCUUUGAUGUCCUCUAAUGCGACACAAUGCAACAUCUCCAUGUAAACCCCGCUCUGGUAGUGCUUGCACGGAAAGGUUUCCCUAAAUUCCAAGCAUGAUGUGUACAAUUCCUUAUUCCAUCGAGGCAUUCCGGAAAGCGGCGCGAAUAUCCAAGAAAUUAAAAUCGGCGAUUUCACUCCAAGUGGUCUCACAGUUCACUUGCUGUGAUAUCUAUGUGAACAUACGAGGUGACAAUCAAGGUUCACAUAUUUCUGUCCA